AUUUUAUAGAAUAAUGGCUCCUCCCCUAAUUAUAUAUUUGCUAAUUUCUUUAUUACAUAAUUACAUUUAAGUUCCCCGAGUAUUUAUACAAGAUCUAAAUACGAGGCCCGAAAUAUAAUAUAAACAAACACAAACCUCGGGUGCAGGAAUAAACACUCUUUAACAUCUUGAGCUACUUGCAUAUCUUACUGAGAUUACAUUGAGCUUAAUAAGUUUCAAUUUAUAUCUUAAUCUUCUUGUGUUACUUACUGCGGUAAGAAUGAAGUUUCAUGAGAAGGAAGAGACAAUGUUUGGUAUAAGGAAUCUUUAGAUAACCCGAAAUCAAAGAUACCGCAGUUUUUGUUUAUAAUAAUCUUGUUUUGAUGAUCGCUGCCCGGCGUAUGCUUGUAAAACUGUUCAAAAGAAAAAUAAACGUAACGCUGACAUAUGAAAUUAUAAUCUGGGUACUUGGGACCUGUUCUUUAGCAUAUACUGGUUGGUUUUAAUGUUUGAGCUCUUGCUCAGCUGGUGUUAGUGUUGAUCAGUUCAGACUUGAGACUGCAGAGACGGACAUAGUUGCUUUGUCUAACUGGUUUAAAGCGUCUCGUGUAAGUAGCUGGUUUGAGAGGGACAUCAUCUGCUUGAGUACAUAGUCUGAUUAUAUCUCGUGCAGAAGGCAGUUGGCAGAGUUUGAUAAACUCAUUCCUGGGUCAGAUGGUUCCAAGAAGUCAGGGGCAGCAGAUGGAAGGAAGAGGGCAUUCCGACUUCUAUAGAAAUACAAGCGAGGAGUUGAUCCUGAGAUCUUAUAUGGAAAGCUCGGUUGCAACGCCUCUACCGACCAUGGAGAUGCUUGGUUUUAAGAAUUUGUCUCAAAACUUUCGUACAGAUAGCGAGGAACUCUUCAAAAGCUGGCUUACAACUGGAGAGACCAAUUGCUACAAUUCAUCAAGCAUUGCACAUCGUACCCGAUCACGGAUGAUAUCUACCGAAAUAGCUAGCUUGUCGUCGGGUCAGCAACAUGUCGGUAUUCUUCAAAAGAAAAGAAGCAAUGAUUGUUUAUAUCCACCAAUUAAUACCAUGCCUGAUGAAAUCUCAGGUGACAACAAUCAGAGUUCAAUCAGGCAUGGUGUUGAACGAGGAAUGCAGGCUAGCGAGCUAUACUUGGCUAAGGCCUGGUUUCACAGUUCUCAACCAAUGACAAGAAGCCGAUCCUCUGAAUUGCGAAGGAGGUAUGUCGCCAUGCAAAACGCUCAAAUGCCAGGAGAUCUGGAAGUGAUGCAGACUGCUUCAGGGAAUAGCAAUCUAGCAAAACAGGAUUUUGCGUUUUCAAAUGGUUUCAAUGACCCUUCUAUUUGUGUGGUCACCAACCAAUUGGCGACCUUCAUUUCUCCAUCCAAUUCAUCAUCGUCCACUUUCAACACCCCACAAAUGAGUGAAUUGGAUAAAGUUUCAUCUGUGGUGAGCAUGCUAAAGGGUACCUUGGAGCUCAAAAAGCUUAGCAAUCAGAUUGAGAAAGAAGGUGUGGAUGACGAUAGCUCCAACGGACGUUUCUCUGUUCAAGAAGGUAUCGUCAACAUCGGUUUUGAUCAAGGGAAAAGGGAUCAAAUUCAUGAAAUGGCAGCAGGAACAUUUCAGGAAGUAUCUACUAUCCAAGUUAACGAUCAUAGAAUUAAACAAAAUGUUGAAGGUUCACUGGAUCUUGAGAUGGAAGGUUUUGUAAAUAUCACAAACCCGAAUCCCAUAAGCAGGAAUUCUCAAGAACCUUCCCAAAGUGAAUCAUCUGCUGCUGCACCACUAGUUUCAUCUGGUUUUGAUGCAUGUGACGGUCCCAGCAAUUCAAGUCAAACGCUGAGCAUUUGUGAAAGUUCAAUCAAACGAGCUGGAAGCUCUAGAGCCAAAGAUUUCAGAGAACCGAUAAUUAGAAAUUUGAAAGAUGAUCAAAAGAGUGGGAAACGUUUAGACCGCUAUGGAUCAGUGACAUCAGCUGUUUCAGUGGACAAGGAGGAUGCAACAAAAAAACGCAGGGUGGAUAGGUCACGGAAAAUGGCGGAGGCAAAGGAAAGGAACUCAACUCCAGUAAUUCCAUCUGAUAUACAAUCUGUCUUGAAGCGGUGUGAAAAUCUUGAAAAGGAAGUGCGAUCACUCAAACUUAACUUGUCCUUCAUGAAUAGGAAGGAUUCUGAGCAGACUAAGCAGAUAGAGGAGCUCCAGAAGCAAAAUGAAGAUCUAAUGGAUGAAAAAGAACAGCUCGUAGAGGAGAUAGAGAGAGUCCUUUCAGAAACUGGAAAGAUUUGAAACUCUCAUUAACUUCUGGUUUCCGGUUAACUUCAGGAUCUUGAGAAUUUAUAAAGGUUCAAUUGAGGACAAAGUAAACAGGCAAAUCUUAAUGCUUGAUGCACAAGUAAAUCAUGGUUUGGUUUUUUUUUUUUCUUCUAAAACUAGAGUUUGUGAAUGUCAUACUAUCAGUUGACCAGUAAAUUCUACAAUGUCUGGUAAAUUCUACCAGUUAACCAGUGAAUGUCAAAUGGAGGUUACUUCUUAUACAAUGAUAUUCUGGUAAGGCGAGGCUGGAUUUGGCUAA